GAACACAUCCUGUGAGGGGAGAUGAGCCAUCUGUUGGCGUAACUUGAACGGUGCAGCCCCGCUUUGCUAAACACAGAGAGCAGCAGAGGUUUCGUCCUCCAGCUAACUGCUACCACCAUGGCGUCAACUGAGAUAGCGAGACAAGCGGGUGAAGGUGCUCGUGCUGUGCCUCUGGCAGGCCAUGUCGGCUUUGACAGCAUGCCUGACCAGCUGGUCAACAAGUCUGUCAACCACGGAUUCUGCUUUAACAUCCUCUGUGUUGGCGAGACGGGUCUGGGGAAGUCCACCCUGAUGGACACGUUGUUCAACACCAAGUUUGAGGGCGAGCCCACUCAACACAACCAGCCGGGAGUCACCCUAAAGUCCAACACUUAUGAACUCCAGGAGAGUAACGUGCGCCUCAAACUCACUGUAGUCAACACCGUGGGCUUCGGAGACCAGAUCAACAAAGAAGACAGCUACAAGUCUAUUGUGGAGUUCAUUGACGCCCAGUUUGAAGCAUAUCUACAGGAGGAGCUGAAAAUAAAGCGCACGCUACACAGCUACCACGACACCCGCAUCCACGCAUGCCUGUACUUCAUCGCUCCCACGGGACACUCGCUCAAAUCCCUGGACUUGGUGACCAUGAAGAAACUUGAUAGCAAGGUCAAUAUUAUCCCAAUCAUUGCCAAGUCGGACGCUAUCUCCAAGAGCGAGCUGGCCAAGUUCAAAAUCAAAAUCACCAGUGAGCUUGUCAGCAAUGGAGUGCAGAUCUACCAGUUUCCCACUGAUGAUGAGUCUGUGGCAGAGAUCAACUCCACCAUGAAUAGCCAUUUGCCAUUUGCCGUGGUGGGGAGCACGGAGGAAGUGAAGAUUGGGAACAAGAUGGUGAAGGCCCGGCAGUACCCCUGGGGGACUGUGCAGGUGGAAAAUGAGAAUCACUGUGACUUCGUCAAACUGCGAGAAAUGCUGAUCAGAGUGAACAUGGAGGACCUGCGAGAGCAGACUCACACGCGUCAUUAUGAGCUCUACCGCCGCUGCAAACUGGAGGAGAUGGGCUUUAAGGACACAGACCCUGACAGCAAGCCCUUCAGUCUUCAGGAGACGUAUGAAGCUAAGAGGAAUGAGUUCAUGGGUGAGCUGCAGAAGAAAGAGGAAGAAAUGAGGCAAAUGUUCGUCCAAAGAGUCAAAGAGAAGGAGGCUGAGCUCAAAGAAGCAGAGAAAGAGCUGCAUGAGAAAUUUGACCGUUUAAAGAAGCUCCACCAGGACGAGAAAAAGAAAGUGGAGGAAAAGAAGAAGUCCCUGGACGACGAGCUCAACAUGUUCAAACAGAAAAAGACUGCUGCAGAGCUCUUGCAGAACCAAGCCCAGCAGGCAGGGGGCUCCACCACACUCAAGAGGGACAAAGAGAGGAAAAAUAAUCCCUGGCUCUGCACUGAGUAGGUCCUCAGCCCUCAAGCUUUGCUAAGGGACCAGCUUUUGUGGGCACUGAUUACCUCAAAUGUGACCAGAGGCUUUGUGGACCCCAUCCUUCAGGGUUUCUUAAUUAUCAGCUCUGCUAUAAUAUUGAUUAAUGUGUAUUUGUGUUUCACUGCAGCUCUAACUUCACCGUCUGCCAUCUAAUUCUUGCUUUAUUGCCUCUGCUUAUGUUUAUAUGUGUACUUUUGUUUGCUGUGACUAACACCCUUCACUUGUGAUGGAAAUUACAUGCGCACUUGUUUGUUUAUUGUCACAUCUGGUCUGCAUUUACAUCCACAAGAAGACAAGAAGACUUAUAAUACAUUGGCCACAAUGUAAUCUCAUGAUUUUAUGCUUAAUGUAUUCUUUGAACUAUGAUCCCUAUGAACUUUGUAUUUCAAACCAAAUCUGUUUUCAACCUGAUAUCAGAUGCACUUCGAAAUCUCAAGCUUGACUCGUUUUUUUUGUAAACGCUUAUGCUCUGCCACCUCUCUAACUGCCGGCUUUCUUUCUCUUUGUCUCUUUAGCUUCUUUUAAUCUGUCUUGACCACCUGAAGAGGGAAUUGCAGCUUCAGCGAGAACUAAGCACCCUUUACCUCUUCCCGUUUUCCUCGCUGUAUGAACCUUUUUUAUUCUCCCCAUCACAUCUCCUUUUGUUGAAUAUGGCCUUAUGUGGACUCGCAUGGUAUUUCUGACCACCUAAUGAAGCUCUAAACCCAGGCAGGUUGGGUACCGGGCACAGUUUAAAUCUGUUAUUAUGUCUUAAUGUAUAUAAUGAGACUCUUGUAGUAUAUAGAAGUCAUAAGUUGGGGUUCACACUUUUGCAGGACUCGUAGGUGAAAUCAUUAUUUGAUCUUUACUUGAAACAAAAUAGCAGGGACCUGCACUAUGCACUCAUCUUAUAUUUCAAUAGGAUUCUUAAUACAAUGCGAUAAAUAAUAAAACGCUACUGAAACAUCGAGGCUUGCUGAUUUAAAACUAACUCAUGAAGGACAGAAGCACUUAAUGCACUGUGUAAUGUGUUUUGAAGUACAGUAAAAUGUGUAUAGUCAUGUUGUUUUCUUGAAUCUAGUUCAUUUGAAUUGAAAAUCUCCUGCUUCCAGGUUUUCUGAACAUCAAAAUUAGACAGCGAAAUAAAGAGUCAUAAUCAUGCAAAAGCCAAAGCAAUAUUUUAUACCUAGCACUUCAUUUGAUGGUGCCCAUGUUUACAUGUCACUGUUGAAUACCAUGGAGGUCACAUGUAAUGGCCUUUUAUUACACAUUGUGCUUUAAUAUUCACCGGCCUAUUCUAUAUUUUGCAUGCAUCUUUUAGUUUCAUUACCGCAGUGAUCUUUGACCUUUUGACCUGCUUGUUUUUAUUCCCUAAUAACUAAAUUUUGCAGUCUAUUUCUGCUGUUUUCUUAAAAUGGUGCAUAUUUUUAAUGUAUUUUUGCUCUGUCCUUAUGAUUUCAGCUCCCUUUUUGCCAAAUAUUAGUGUAAGGUGGAGUUGAACUGAAUCCCAGAUAGGAGUAUUAAAAACAAAUACUCGUGCAUUUAUAUAAUUUAUAAGGAUAUAUUUUGUGUAUUGAAGUGGAGACUUGUUGUUUAUUACCUAUGAUCUUUGGAUGUAACUCUGAGUGUAAAGUAACAUUUUGGUGUCAGAAAAUGCCAUACAUUUUUCUAGUAUCAGUCAUCACCUCCUGUAGUCAAAAACUCUCCCACACUACAAAUGAUGUAAAAUCUUACUUUAGUUUGAUUCCAUUGGUGUACAUUUUCAAUAAAAAUAUGAUCUUAA